GCACGCGAUAAGCGGCUCAACUACCAGCUGUUUUCUGUUUGUUUGUUUGUUCUCGAUAUCAAGCCGAUGUCGCUUCUCCUCGACGACGAUGAGGUGUUUACGCCGCCGGCAAAAUGCGUCAAGCCGGACGUGCACACGAUCGACUGCGAUGACGACGGCAACACAUCACCGGGCAGGCCGUCUGCCAGUGCAACAGCACCCGUAGCAGUGAAGAGCGGCGUUGGUCAUACCACCACGUCGCCUUCAGCAACCACACGCGCCGUCUCUACGCCCUCGCGGAGCGCGACGGAGGCCGCUGCAGUCACCAUUGCCCGUAAGGGUGGAGAUGGGAUGGCGAAGAUGGAGGCACUCCUGUUCGGCAUGCCGAAGGCUGCUGUCGUAGGAGGAAGGGCGGCGACGACGAGCCAGGCGUCGCGGACGGCGGUGGCCAGUGACGAGGGUAUCACCGCAGCCGACGGUACGCCGGCCGCACAGAGAACACGUCUACCGGCUUCGCCGUUUAACAGCGAUAUGCGCAGCAACGUGAGCAGCAGUACUCACCCCAAGGUCGUCUCUGGCGCCAACUCGCCCACGUCGCUAUCGUCGCCUUCACAGCGUCCGGUUUCCGUCGCCUCGUCGGAGGACUCCCUCCUCGCCGCGCAGAAACGUGUUGACGAGACACACGUAGCCGUCGCCUCACCUGCGGCUUCGCCAUCACCCCACCCACCGGUACAGCGUGCUCUCGCGAGCUCGGCAGACAACACUCCGACGCAGCCGGCGAAGACGCAGAUGAAGCUGUCGGACUUCUUUUCGAAGAUGGCGUGCAAGCGUUAA